AUGAGUGUCUAUGGCUACUGCCCUUCCCUCCCAGCCAACGUCGCCUUCGCUGCUUUAUUCACCCUUGGUACUGCCAUGCACGCCUACCUAGGAUUCAAGUGGAAGACACCGUGGUUUAUGUGGUGCUUGAUCCUGAGCUGCACUCAUGAAGUGGCCGGAUACGUGGCGCGUAUUCUCCUAUGGGUCAAUCCCUGGAGUUUUGGUGCUUUUAUCACCCAGAUCAUUGCUAUCACUCAGGCAUCCGUCUUCUACUGUGCGGCAAUCUAUGUCACUCUUGGCCAAAGCAUAGAACACUACGGCCCAGGACUCGCUCGCUUCCCCAACAAGUACUUUGCCUGGGUAUUUGUAUCAAUGGACGUCAUUUCUCCUAUUUUGCAAGGUACUGGAGGAGGUCUAUUAGCAUUAUCUUCAGGCGCCAGCCAGGUUGGAGUUGAAGUCGCCAUGGCGGGCCUGACUUUGCAGGUCAUCAUGCUGGUCGCUUUUAGCGUCCUGUUUGCAGACUACAUGUUUCGAUACCUUCGCUCCAAGACCACACGAAGUCUCCAAUCCAGAGACAAGUUAUUUUUUGAGUUCUUGGCUAUGGCCGUGUUGACGACCCUGGCUCGCUGCAUCUUUCGUUGCUAUGAGCUUAAGGAGGGCUGCUCGGAGGAGCUGAUUAAGCAUGAGGAUUUGUUCAUUGGAUUGGAAGGAGUGUUAAUUGUUAUUGCCGUCUUUUGCUUGUGCAUUGCUCAUCCUGGUUUCAUCUUCAACCGCACAGCGAAGGUAUACUAUUCAGUUGCGACUGGGGCAGCAGGUUCGGAUGACUCCGCCUAUCGAUCAAAGCUUUCCGAAUCUGUCAAGGAGCCUAUGCGGCAGUAUGAUACCUAUGGAGCAUCAGUAUUCUAUCUGCCAAUGUCAAGGUGGCAGAAGUCCUACAUGGAUCAGGCAAGUUGA